AAAAGGAGGCUCUGCCCGAGCGAGUCCAGGGAGCGGGCCGGCCAGCCCCGCGGCCCCUGCCCGGCGGGGACCCGUCGCCAGGAGCGCCGAGCCGCGAUGUCCUUACUCGCCAAAAUGGGGGACUGGCAGGACCGUCACGACGGCACCAGCAACGGGACGGCGCGGUUGCCCCAGCUGGGCACUGUAGGUCAAUCUCCCUACACGAGCGCCCCGCCGCUGUCCCACACCCCCAAUGCCGACUUCCAGCCCCCCUACUUCCCCCCGCCCUACCAGCCUAUCUACCCCCAGUCACAAGAUCCUUACUCCCACGUCAACGACCCCUACAGCCUGAACCCCCUGCACGCGCAGCCGCAGCCGCAGCACCCGGGCUGGCCCGGCCAGAGGCAGAGCCAAGAGUCCGGGCUCCUGCACCCUCACCGGGGGCUGCCGCACCAGCUGUCCGGCCUGGACCCGCGCAGGGACUACCGGCGGCACGAGGACCUCCUGCACGGCCCGCACGGGCUCGGCUCGGGGCUCGGGGACCUCCCGAUCCACUCCUUACCUCACGCCAUCGAGGACGUCCCGCAUGUGGAAGACCCGGGUAUUAACAUCCCAGAUCAAACUGUAAUUAAGAAAGGCCCCGUGUCCCUGUCCAAGGCCAGCGGCAACGCCGUGUCCGCCCUCCCCAUCAACAAGGACAGCCUGUUCGGCGGCGUGGUGAACCCCAACGAGGUGUUCUGUUCAGUUCCGGGUCGCCUGUCGCUGCUCAGCUCCACCUCCAAGUACAAGGUCACGGUGGCGGAAGUGCAGCGGCGCCUGUCCCCGCCCGAGUGCCUCAACGCGUCGCUGCUGGGCGGCGUGCUGCGGAGGGCGAAGUCUAAAAAUGGAGGAAGAUCUUUAAGAGAAAAACUGGACAAGAUAGGAUUAAAUCUGCCGGCAGGGAGACGCAAAGCUGCCAACGUCACCCUGCUCACCUCGCUAGUAGAGGGCGAAGCUGUCCACCUGGCCAGGGACUUCGGGUACGUGUGCGAAACCGAAUUUCCUGCCAAAGCAGUAGCUGAAUUUCUCAACCGACAGCAUUCCGAUCCCAAUGAGCAAGUGACAAGAAAGAACAUGCUCCUGGCUACAAAACAGAUCUGCAAAGAGUUCACGGACCUGCUGGCCCAGGACCGGUCCCCCCUGGGCAACUCCAGGCCCAACCCCAUCCUGGAGCCCGGCAUCCAGAGCUGCUUGACCCACUUCAACCUCAUCUCCCACGGCUUCGGCAGCCCCGCCGUGUGCGCGGCGGUCACGGCCCUGCAGAACUAUCUCACCGAGGCCCUCAAAGCCAUGGACAAGAUGUACCUCAGCAACAACCCCAGCGGCCACGCGGACAGCAGCACCAAAAGCAGCGACAAGGAGGAGAAACACAGAAAGUGA